AUGUCUCGGCCUCAAGACGACAGAAAUCAGGAGGCGACGGUUUAUUUGGGAAAUCUUGACGAGCGGUGUUCAGAUGCGCUCAUCUGGGAGUUGAUGUUGCAGGCCGGCCCAGUAGCAAAUGUACAUCUGCCAAAAGACCGCAUAUCCAUGGCGCAUCAGGGCUACGGUUUCUGUGAGUUCUUGACCGAAGAAGAUGCAGAGUAUGCCUGCAAGAUUAUGAACCAGAUCAAAUUGUGGGGUAAACCUAUCAGGGUUAACAAGGCUUCCUCGGACAAAAAACAACUGGACGUAGGCGCAAACUUAUUCAUUGGAAACCUCGACGACAACGUGGAUGAGAGGUUGCUUUACGACACUUUUAGUGCAUUUGGCAUGAUGGCGACUACUGCCAAGAUUGCGCGUGAUCCCCAGUCUGGAAACUCAAAAGGCUACGGCUUCGUCGCCUACACCGACUUCGAGGCGUCGGACGCGGCGGUCGAGUCCAUGAACGGCCAAUUCCUCAUGAACAAGGCAAUCACCGUCCAGUACGCUUUCAAGAAAGACGGCAAGGGCGAGCGACACGGCACCCCCGCCGAGCGGCUGCUCGCCGCGCAGGCUCGCAAGAACAACGCGCUCCCAAUCGCCGCGCGGCCACCCCCAGCCCCGAUGGGCGCCAUCGGUGCGUUUGGUGCGCGCCCGCCGAUGCCUGGCUUCCAGGGCCCGUAUCAAGGCCAGUUCGCGGGCGUACUCGCGGGCGCGCCUCCGCCGCCCGCCGGGUUCACGCCCCAGCAGACGAUUAUGCCGCAGGGGAUGCAGAUGCCCCCGCCUCCAAUGCAGGGCAUGCCGCCGCAGGGCAUGCCAGGCAUGAUGCCCCCGCCCCCGCCUGGAGUCCCGGUCUACAACCCUCAGGCCGGCUUCGCGCCGCCUCCGCCCCCGCCAGGCUACAUGCCGCAGGGGAUGCCUGGGAUGAUGCCGCCGCCGAUGAUGCAUCCGGGUGGGAUGCCGCCGCCGCAAUACAUCCCCCAGCAGAUGCAGAUGUAG